AUGUUGACACUCAACGUCACUUGGCUGGACCUAUGUCUUGCUGGUAUCGGAGUGUACCUGGUCAAGCAGGUGUUAAACAAGAAGCCUGCAUCAUAUCCCCCCGGCCCCCGUGGGUGGCCUCUCGUCGGGAAUAUCCAAGACAUACCUCAAAUCGAACCUUGGCUCACCUUUGCGGAAUGGGGCAAGAAGUAUGGCGAUAUCUCACAUGUCGAGGUUCUCGGGCAGCACAUCAUUGUGCUAAAUUCAGUCAAGAGUGCGGUGGACAUGUUGGACAAGAAAGGCACCAUGUACUCGGACCGUCCUGUUCUGCCUAUGGGUGGCGAACUUGUUGGCUGGAAGCAUGUUAUGGCUCUUCUUCCGUAUGGCGACCGCUUCCACCAGUUGCGCAAGAACAUACAUCAAGUCAUAGGCAAUCACGCUGCCUUGAAUGUCUACCACCCGAUCGAGGAGAUUGAGACUCGCCGAUUCCUGAAGCGUGUGUUUUCGAACCCCGAGCAACUGCAAGCUCAUAUUCGACACACCGCUGGUGCUAUCAUUCUACAAAUCUUUCAUGGUUAUGAGGUGAAGGAGAACAACGAUCCAUUUAUCGACCUUGCGGACCGCGCUGUGGACCAAUUCUCGCGGUCCACUGCUCCCGGCGCCUUCAUGGUUGACAUCAUGCCAUUCUUGGCCAACGUCCCCGAGUGGUUCCCUGGUGCUGGCUUCAAGCGCUCAGCCCGUGAAUGGUCCAAGACUCGCGAGGAUAUGGCUGCCAUACCCUACAAGUUCGUUAAGGAUCAGAUGGCUGCUGGCAUUGCCUCGACGUCUUUCACCUCGAAUCUUUUAGAAGGUCGUACUUUAUCUGUGGAAGAAGAAGAUGUGGUGAUGUGGUCUGCUGCAACCCUAUACUCGGGUGGUGCCGACACGACAGUUUCUCCAAUCUACGCGUUUUCCCUUGCUAUGACACUGUUCCCUGAUGUGCAGAAGAAGGCCCAGGCUGAAAUAAACGCCGUUGUUGGUCCUGAUCGUCUUCCCUCCUUCGCAGAUCGCGACUCUCUUCCUUAUACUGAGGCCCUUGUGAAAGAAGUUUUUCGCUGGAGUGUUGUCGGCCCCACCGCUAUGUCCCAUCGCGUCACAGAGGACGAUAUCCAUGACGGGUACUACAUCCCAAAAGGUUCCUUGGUAAUACCUAACAUUUGGUUCAUGCUUAAUGACCCGCAGACAUAUGCUAAUCCCUCGCAAUUCAACCCUGAACGCUUCUUGGACAAUAACGGAAAAGAUCCCGAACUCGAACCUCACAAGAUCUGCUUUGGUUUUGGUAGACGUAUCUGCCCCGGUCUCCACCUAGCUGAUGCCUCCGUCUGGAUAUCCACUGUGAUGUCACUCGCAGUGUUUGAUAUCUCCAAAGUUGUUGAGAAGGGUGUCGAAAUCACCCCUGAAGUUGACCAUACAUCAGGCACGGUCAGUCACCCCAAGCCGUUCAAGUGCUUUAUCAAGCCUCGCUCUGCCAAAGCCAUUGCGCUCAUUCAGCGGGAUGUCAACUAUUAA